GACAGGAAACUGAGAAUGUCAAAAUAAGUUUCCAAAAUCCUGAAAUUUCCAUAACAAAUAAAAUUAUCUUGACUUUUAAGUAUUUGAAAAGCAAGCAGUUGAUGAUGAUGUUAUGUAAAUUAAGAGAAAAGUUAAGUAACAACUAAUGAACUAAAGAGAUAAAGAGAUAUGGCAUGGAGAAGCUGCUACAGGGAUGUGCUGCCAUUUGCAGCCAUGGUAGCAGUACAAUGCUCUGGUGUUGGUGUAAACACUCUAUUUAAAGCUUUGAGGGGGAUGAGCUACUAUGCCUUUAUUGUCUACAAUAAUGCCAUUUCCACUCUUGUACUUGUCCCUUUGUCCAUCAUAUAUGGCAGUACAGCAGUCUUUCCUUCUACCCAGUUCCCUCUUCUCAAAAUCUGUCUUCUUGCACUUGUUGGGUUUGUUGCUCAAAUAUGUCGUUUUAAAGGUGUAGAGUACAGUUCUCCACUUCUUUCUUCGGCCAUGAGCAAUCUCACACCAGCAUUUACCUUCAUCCUUGCCAUCAUUUUCAGGAUGGAAAGCCUAGCUUUAAAAAGCUUCAGUACUCAGGCUAAAAUCAUUGGCACUGUGUUGUCAAUAUCAGGAGCACUAGUGGUAGUUCUUUAUAAAGGCUCUGCAAUUUUAUCUAUUGCAGCUCCAACACCAUCUAUUUCAAUCCAGAAACCUCUGGGAUCAUCGGAAUCAAAGUGGGUCAUUGGUGGCCUCUUACUUGCCACUGAUUCUUGUCUCGUCUCCAUUUGGUAUAUAAUUCAGGCACAAGUAAUGAAGAUAUACCCUGCAGAGUUGAUUGUAUCCUUCUACAUCAACUCGAGUGCAGCCAUUAUAUCUGCACCAAUAUGUCUUAUAGCAGAAGCAAAUUUGAGUGCUUGGAGACUAGAACCUGGAGUGUCAGUAGUUGCAGUUAUAUUCUCGGGACUUUUCUGCUCACCUUUGAACUCUAUUAUUCUCGCACGGAGUCUAAGAUCAAAAGGGCCAGUCUAUGUAGCAAUAUUCAGUCCCCUAUCAAUUGCCAUUACAGCUAUUGUGAGCCUCAUAUUUCUUGGUGAUGCUUUGCAUCUUGGAAGUCUUAUUGGGGCAAUUGUCAUGUCUAUUGGGUUUUAUGCUGUGACAUGGGGAAAAGCAAAAGAAGAAGAAACUAAUGAGAGUGACGAGUUCAAUAGCUUUGUGUCCUCAUUUGAUGAUGAGAUUCCAUUAUUGCAACACCAUAGGGUUGAAAACAUAAAAAAAUAAACUGUAUACUAGCAAUAAUUAUAAGUAGAUAUUUGAGCAAUUUUUAUCUUUCUUAUAUAUCAGCAAUCAGUAAUAAGAGCACAAGCUGGCAAACUGACCUCAGUUGAUUAUAGUAUAAAAUCCUUGCUCGUGGGAUCGUUGGAUGCGUGCAGAUAUCGUGCUGCACUUGGGCUGAUGGAGGCCAAGUGAUGGCAUAGAGCUUGGGUCUUUGAUGGCGAGGAAGAAAAUUGAG